GAUGCGAGAUUAUAAAGGUACGAAAAUACAUGGGUACGAAUUAUUACAGUGUCGCAAGGUUAAUAAUGUAAAUGAUCAAAUUCGUGUUUAUUAGGUGGUAAAAUGUCAAAAAGCUUGAAAAUUUUACAGAUUCUUCAAAAUCCUUUAGUAGUGAAACAGGUGUGUGCCAAACCUGUACAAACACUGCAAAAUAUACAAGUUCGAACAGAAUACAGCUGGCCUGGGUAUGGUUCUAGGUAUGGGUUUACAAACUGGCGCAUGAAGAAAGACUACAUGAAAAGAAAGAUUCUAACUGAGAAGCAUAUUAAACGUAUGAGGCUAAAUGCAGUAAUAAAAAAUACAAUUCUGCCAGUAGAAUUAAGGGUGAGAUUUGUGAUUUUAGAAAUUGUUUUAAUUUUAACUCUGACUCAAGAGCACAACACUCUAAGAGAUGGGCUUUUGUGAUAGCAUGUUGUCCAU